AUGAGCUUCCUCUCGCACCUGGUCACGCUAUUUGGCCUGGUCCUGCUGGCCCACGCAGGCUACUCCGCGCACGAACACAGCGUGCUCUUCAGCAACGCGCGCCUCGCCUCCUCCACGGCCCUGCCGCCAGAUAUCAUUGUCGAAGUCCUGGUGGCCGUGCUAGUGGUCUCAAUCGGGCUGGUGCUAAGUGCAGACAAGCUGAAGCCGAUCAGCUGGCGCGACUGGGCCGGCGAGAUUGAGCGGGACGGCGGUGCGCGGAAUCCCUAUCUGAGCCUGGAGGAGCGCUAUGGGUUUUGGGAUAUCCGGGCCAAGCGAAAGGAGUUUGCGGAUUGGAUCCGCCAGGAGGCGGUGACCAAGGAGUGA